AUGGUUCCCGGAACUGCGUUUGCCUAUGUUACGCUUCUGACCAAAACAUCUUACCUGCCUGGAGUCCUCGUCUUGCAUCAUGGCUUACGAGCUGUGGAAUCCAAACAUCCACUGGUCGUGAUGGUCACUCCGUCCUUGCCACGAUCUGCGAGAGAUGUCCUUCGCAAACAGGGAAUUACAUUGCGGGAAGUUGAGACGCUCCAGCCGAGAGAAGGGCAUGCAACCCAUUUAAUAUUCUCGAAUGGAAGUGGGUUUGAGCUUGUAGAAUUUGAGAGAAUCGUUCUCUUGGACAGUGACAUGAUCAUUCGGCGGAACAUGGAUGAUCUGAUGGAGCUCGAUCUACCCAAAGACGAGAUUGCCGCAGUACAUGUAUGUGCUUGCAAUCCGCGUAAAUUGGCUCAUUAUCCCUCAGACUGGAUACCAGAAAAUUGCGCCCACACAGCUGUGACGCAUCCAGGGGCCCUACCACCACCCGCAACCCCGGAGACGCCUCGCCCCUAUCAUCAAUUAAAUUCUGGAACGGUUGUCCUCAACCCAUCAAAAGAGCUUUUAGAUGCAAUCGUUCACUUCCUUCAAACUUCUGACAAGAUCGCGACAUUCUCUUUCCCAGAUCAAGAUCUCUUAACGGCUUUCUUCGAAGGAAAAUGGCGGCCCAUCUCUUGGUACUAUAAUGCUCUUCGGACAUUGCGCUUUGUUCACCCUCAAGAAUGGAGUGACGAGGAGGUCCGAUGUCUCCAUUACAUCCUUCCGGAUAAACCUUGGCAGUCAAGGGUCACCCCUCCAGAUUCACCAUUCGCGACUGUAAAUGGUUGGUGGUGGGAGCAGUUCGAUGCGAUGAUCGUCAAUCUGGAAUGUACUGAUUCAGAAGGAUGGAAGUUAAUGUUAGCCAAUGUGGAUAAUGUACACUGA